GAGAUUUAAACCCGGAAGUUCCGGCGAAACUUGGAACAACCAUAGUAACGACUAAACAAACAUGGCGGGUUGUGUUGCUAUCCUGUGGCUUCUACUAUCUAUAUUAUUUAUUGCUGUUGCCUCAAAUGAAAACACAACUGCUUACAACUUCAAUCUCACGACAGUUUUCUCCGAGAAUGAGACUUUUUAUAAUUUGACCUCGAACGUCACGGAAACCACCACCGUACCUGACGCCGAGGUUGGAGAGUCGGUAACUAGAGUUGGGGGUUCGGAUCCUCUGGCUGUCUCCGGUCGUCUACCAACCCCCGCCACGGAUGUUGGCAGUGUGUGUUCCUGUGAUGAACACGAGAAUCUAUGUGACAUCAACUGUUGCUGUGACAUAGAGUGUCAUAAAGACGUGGCCUUGUUCACCGCCUGCUCACUUCCGACCAUCAGUGGCAACAAGCAUUUGUGCAGCCAUGAUUCAGCAUCCUAUUCUUUACAGUACACCAUGGACGGAUACUCCCAGCUACGGUCGUCCGUCCACAAGGACACCUAUUAUCACACUUUCUGUAUUCAGUCACAGAAUCGAGUUGAUGGAUUUUCUUUUCUGGCUCCGGUUCUUCCAGUGGACACAAACUUUGACUUGCUCUUCAAACAAUUUAAACGUUUUGUUUUUAGCUCACAGGAGGAUAGUACUCAGAUCUCCACUACUGUGACAGACAACUUUUAUCAGUAUGGAGAUGUUAUUGUGAGCGCUAUAGAAGAUGGACAAAGAGGAAUACUUUGGCUGCCAGCUUCCAGUAUUACUGUUGAUUGUGUUGACCACAGUCCUGCAGCAUUUCUAGUGGACAUGAGAAGUCGCUGUUCUCGGCGGGUGGACCUGGAGAAAGACUGCAUCUCUCUACCAGCCCUUAAAGCAGACACAUAUACUAAGAUCAGUCUUUUUGCUCACAAGAAUGAGGGUGCCGAAGUUGUACCUGUGGAGACGUCUUCAGUUGUCUUGCAAUCUUUAGCUGGCACUCAAAAUGAAAUCAACCUCAAUGAAGAGGAAGACAUGAAUCCACAUCUGACUGAUCGGAACGUGUGUGCUAAUGUUGUCCUGAAGGUUGCAUACAUGGUGACGUACAGUGCUGCAGGUCAAGUAGUGAAAGCUGCUGUGCAACUGCUCCUAGCACACCUUCAUGCAACAUCACUGUCUCUGGAGCAGGAGUUUACUCUCACAUUUCUUCAGGAGAAAAAUGAGAACAUGGCCUACCAGAACAGUGGGAAUCCAGGUUAUUUGAAGGGACAGCCUCUUCUGUCUGGUCGAGCGACUUCUGAAGGAAUUGUGAGAAACCUUGGAGACACGCUGUCUAUUCCCCAGAGCUCAUCACACCACAACUGUUUGAGCAGUCCACAGCAGCGCUCUCCUGUCCUGUUUGGUGUGGAAUCAACAUCUGGCUGCACAUUAAGACUGGAGGAUGCAACCAACUGCUCUCUUGUUUCCCAAAUCAUUCUUGAUGUUCUGCAAGGACAAAACUAUCCCCAGUUUGUUGCCGCAUUUGGAAACUCUCCAUUAGAAAAUGCACUUGACUGGGUGCCCAUCCAGCACACCUACCAUCUCAAGGAUUCCCAGGUUUGCAGUAUCCCCUUGUCACUUGAUUUACAGAUUGAAUGGACUAAAUAUGGACUCUUGUUGAAUCCACAAGCUCAGAUUGUGAGCGUCAAACAAGUUAUCCAAACCAACAGCAGCAGUUUGGUUCUGAUGAACAGAGGCAACAGUGUGGUGUUAAUCAGGAGCUCAGUGAGCUUCUUUGAAGUUUCUGCUUCUGCUCUACCUGGUUACAGAGCCACGCCCACUAUCAACGCCCAGCUGCCUAUAGACUUCUUUUUUCCAUUUGUUUGAAUCAGUGACUGUCAAUGAAGUGAAAGGGACAGUAACCCAGAAGCAGCAGCAGUGCAGCAGCAGAAGAAGUAAGCGAGACACCAUCCAUCCCAUCCAUUUUCUACCGCUUGUCCCUCUCGGGGUCACAAGUUUUUUUUAUUGGACAACACAAUAUUUGAGGCGACAAGGUUGCGUUCAAAGUAAAGAAGUUUAAAAGGACUUGUUAACCGUCGGGAGUGAAAUAGAACGACACAAACUGAACGUUCAACUCACCGUCUAAGUUGCUAAACUACAAGAUGGAUAAUGCUAACGCACAAUCUGCCGCAGGACUGCAAGUACCACACUUUGGAUUUGCAAUGCCGCAGUUAUCACCAGUGAACCAUUUGAACAUGGGAACUACAGACUUGUGUGCGAAAUAUAAAGUUUGGAGGGAGUCCUACAACAUUUCUUCGAUCACCAGUGGAUCAGUAAACAGCCCAGAUGCGGUAAGAAGAGUUACUACACUGCAUAGAAACGUUGGUGCACAGAAUAUUGGCAAACCUGCCAGGUGCAAAAGGCACAUUUGUGAAACAAAAACUGCUCUUGAUAAAUACUUAACACCACGAAGAAGUGUUGUGCUAAAAAGGCAUACGUUCAGACAAAGAAUGCAAAUGCAAGAUGGAACUAUCAUAUCACUGUGUGAUCUGGCUAGAUCAUGUGGCUUUGCAGCAUUAAUUUGAGAUCAGACUGUGGAGAGAUGCAGAUGAUGGUAAACUGCUGCAGAAAGAGGGAUUAACUUGUUAACAAAAAAGGUCAACUUUCAAUCCUAAAAAAAAUUAACUUGCUGAUCCAACAUAAAAAUAAUAAUUCCCUUGAUAAUUCACAACUCAAAUUAGGCAUUCAUUUUUAAUUGUAGAAGAGAGUAGUGAAAACUUACGAGUUUAUCAGCUUGUUUUUGCAGUUCUGUGACUCUUAGCACAAGAUGGUCGUAACUUUCCUUCAGCUUGUGCAUCUUCUGGUUUGCACGGGUUUUUACCGACACAAGAAUCCCUGCAAUUCAUUACCACCAAAUGUUAGAAUGUGUUUUCAUGUGAUCAAACUUUAGAGAUACUAUGUCAAUGUCUCAAAAUUGUACAAAUAAAUGAAGUUCAAACACACUGGCGAAUAGAUAAGUAGCAUGUUUGAUGUAGAAGAGCAGUGAUAUGUCAGCAUAAUCUCCAACUGGCAUAAGCAAUCAUAAUCAAUCAAUCAAUCAAUUAGAGCAAGCUAUAUUCUACGGGCCAAUUACAACUCGAUUUUACAUCCAAAUAAUUUUUUUGAAACUCAGAAAUCUGUGACCAGUUUUCUAAUGUUACUUUUUAAUGUAGCAUAAUUAUCAUGCUUUGUAAAACUUUCCAGUGCCAUGUCACGGCAAAGCACACAUAUUUUCAGAAGGGUUAUUUAGUAGUCCGAUGACCCUUUUGAUGACUAGAUGAAAGUUGAAAUGUGUCAAGGUAAAAAAAAAAAACAUCUGCUGUAAAUAAAUCUGGUUUUAAAGGAAGAAACUGAAAAAUAAGAAAACAUGAUACAUUUAUUUAAGCUGUUUGUAUUGUUGCUUUUUGUGUUUAAUUGCGUUUUUGUUUGACUGCAAACACGAGGAGGAGGAUACACAGCUGAUUCAAAGAGGAAAUAAAUAAUCUGAAUCCUAGUAAGUAGGGAUGUCCUGAUCAACAUUUUUGGCCUACAACCCUGUUCCGAUACUUUGACAAUACAUUAUAGAACUGAAAAUGUUUUAUAGAGAGUAACUUAAGGAAUCAUAAUACAUUUUUAAAAAUGUUAUUUAAUCAAAUUUAGAAUUUGCUAGUAUCCUUGUAAAUAAUUUGGGUUUUCUCCAAAGAAUUACUCCUUGACCUAUCAAUUUAGUAUAAUUCAUAAACUGAUACUAGAUAUUUAAUGUAUCGACAUCUUGAUCAAUCCCCCCUUUUUUACAUUGAAGCUUCAGCGGUUAACUUCUUGUGUUGUCUUGCUUGGCGUGCGUGUGCAUGUCUGUGCGUGCACGCGGCUUGCUUAGCCAUUCCUUUUCCUCUAGUCAAUCAAAGUAUUUUAUUUGAAUCAUGUUAAAACUUCACAAGCACACAUUUUUGAUUAAGUGAUCUACCGCCCAAAAGGGGUGGGAAGAAGCAGUUUGUCUGCUAUCCCCCCGUGUGCCAUAAGCAGAAAUCCAAAGAAAAAAAAAUAAAGAACCAACUGAAACUCACAUGAGCAAGCACUUGGAAACUCCAGUCCUGCAGUGACAAUGACGCUUGGAAGAAACUUUAGUUUAUUUCCCACCAUGGUGGUGAGGAUUACUCAGUAUCUUAAAAGCGGCUUCACACAGUGAAUAGACAAAUUGGAGCCAGUGUUCAUGCAAGACAUGCACCCUCCCGGAAUUCACGCAACUCCUGCAUGUGUGUAACAAGGAAUAUGGAAAUGCCAUUGUGUCUCCCUGAGCGUGCAUCUCUUUGGAAGAAAUCUUUCACGUGAGUACAAUCUUUAGCCAAAUAAACAAUGGGACAGCGCUGUGGGGAAGAUUGCUGGGCCAAAUCAGUUUAAAAAAAAAAAAAAAGGCGAUCCUAUCCCGGGAUCGGAACAUCUCUACUAGUAAGUAAUAGGGCUGCAGCUAUUGUUCAUUCGAGUAAUCUAUCAAUUAGUUUGUUUUAUUAAUCAAGUAAUCGAAUAAAACAAGCUUUAUAGCCUCAAUGGGUAUUUUAGAGAAAAUAAUUGAAAUAGACAACCAUUUUUAGCUUUCCAUAACCUUCAUUCCUUUUUUUGAAAUGCAUGCACAUCAUCAACAGUCGAUUGCACUUUUAACAUGUUUGCAUUAAUGUAAAAUACAAACAACUCUGUUUGCUGCCAUACAGAUAACAGCACCCAUACACCACCAGUCUUGUGUGUGCUCUAUUGCAGAAGCCAUACAUAAACUGUAUCUAUUUAAAGUUCUGGCCACCAUUUUUAUUAGUUACCCUCAUUAAUUCAAUUAAUCAAAGCAGGAUAACAAAUUGAAGCGUUUUUCUAAUAAAAUUAAUGGAUUUAAUCGAUUCAUCGUUAUAGCCUUAGUAAGUAUAAAGACUGCUCCAAAAAUAAAAUGCUACCCCAAAGUGCAUAUACUCUUUGUUCAAUAUUUUAUAGUUAAAUUUUUUAAUAAAUGAAAUUUUAUAAAAUUUGUGAAUUAAGUACAUUUUGGGUAUCUUAUUUAGUUGGUCUGCCAUGAAUGGUCUGCAGUUUUAAUAAAAUACAAUCCAUCCAAAUUAGAACCCAUUGAGGCCGGCAGGAGAAAAUGUUUAAAUUGUUUGAAUGUUGUGAUGCAAGUUAAAAGCAGCAGAAACAAGUCUCACACUACAACAAUGCUAGUAUGAGUGUGAUCAUCCAUCCAUCCAUCCAUUUUCAUCAGCAGUCCAAUAUUCCAGUACUGACCAUUGAUUAUUCUAGCCACCCUCCACAGACGCAGCAGGAUGAGUAGACCCAUUCCGUCAAAGACAUCAUCAUGGAAGAGGAAGACGAUGUCCAGAAUAAAAGACAGCACCACCACCAAGCCAUCAAACACCUCAAACUUAUGUUGGAAGAACUCAAGGUGAUAUGCAAACAGCUUGCCAGCCAGCUCCACCAUGAAGAAGUUUGGGGACCCCUGCUCUACACCACCAUGGUCAAGACCAAAGAUCUGUCAGAGACAAGAUUGUAGACCUGCACAAGACUGGAAUGGCCUACCAGAGCCCUGACAAGAAGCUUGGUAAGAAACAGAUUGGUGUAAUAAUUACUAGUGGUGCAAUAAUUGAUCAAAUGAAAGAAAUACAAGAUCAUCACUAGUCACCAGUCAGGAGGUCACUUGGUAGAGCAAACAUGAUUGUGAGAAAGGUGAAGGAUUCCCAGGGAGGAUCCGAUUAAUAACGUGAAGGAAGUUUGAGUAAUAAGACACUUACGGAGUUUCCAGUAAUGAUUGCCAAGCUGUAGUCCCAAGUACAUUCUGAAGUUUGACAAAGAUUCAAACACCACCACAAUGUGGUGGUGUCCUUCGAGCAACAGAUUUAGGUGAUCACGUAAUUUUAGUUUGACUGGAUCUAACAGCAGCAUUUGAUACGGUGGACCAUAAUAUAUUAAUUAGCCGCCUACAGCAUCAAGUGGGCAUCUGUGGUACUGCUUUGAGUUGGCUGAAGUCAUAUUUGACUAACAGGACCUUCUCUGUAAAUGUUGCUGGUUCUGAAUCCUCUGUUGCUCCCUUGACAUGUGGGGUCCCACGGGGCUCAGUUUUAGGACCACUUCUUUUUUCUAUGUAUUUACUUCCCCUGCGCUCAAUCCUAAGAAAGCAUGAUAUUUCUUUUCAUUGUUAUGCCGAUGACACACAAAUGUAUUUUCCGUCAAAGAGAAAUCAUGCCUCUUCAAUACAGCCAUUACUUGCUUGUCUUAAUUAUAUCAAGGCCUGGAUGGCCCUAAACUUCUUAAAUUUCAAUUAAAAGAAGACAGAAGUAAUAGUGUUUGGACCUAGUGGUACCUGUGAGCUCCCUCCUGUUGACUUUGGCCCCUUGGCUUUGCACGUUAAGCCCAUGAUCACCAACCUGGGCUUUCGUAUUGACAAUGAUUUUAAAUUGGACCGUCAGAUUGGCACAGUGGUGAAAGCCAGCGUUUUUUAUUUACGUCAGCUGGCCAAGGUUAAAAACCUUCUUUCUAGGCAACAGUUAGAGACAGUAAUCCAUGCCUUUAUCGCAUCUCGGCUGGAUUACUGUAACUCUUUGUAUUUUGGAAUUAGUCAGUACUCCCUCUCACGUCUGCAGCUGGUCCAAAAUGCAGCUGCCCGACUUAUAAAAAACACAAGAAAAAGACAGCACAUUACUCCUGUUUUAGCCUCCCUCCACUGGCUGCCUGUGUCUUUUAGAGUCCAUUUUAAAAUUAUCUUACUCGUAAGACCCUUCUUAAAACCCAUUUUUUCACUGGCUUUUAACCCAGCAUGAGAUUUUAAACUGCUUUUAGCUUUUUACUUUUUUAACUAUUUUUAACUUUUAAACUGUUUUUUAUCCAACAAACUGUUCUUAGGGUAAUUUAUAUUUGCUUUUUCAAUGUGUAUUUUUAUUUCUGUUUUAAAUUUUAUUUUUUAGUCUGUCCUUUGCCUCUAUUUCUUUGUGGUGUACAGCCCUUUGUUUAUCAACUGUGCUUGUUUUUAAAGGGCUUUAUAAAUAAAGUUGGUAUGGUAUG